CGACCGCUCGGAUAGAGUUACGAGUAUUUUUAUUUCAUUCUGCGCUACAUAUCUAAGGCGACAGACGCCCGUCCUCACACCUCAGUCUCGUUAACCGUUGACUGAGGCUCGUGCACUAACUCUUACCUUUGAUACUCUGCUACUUCUCCGGCUAUCAACCCAGUUGCUCGUUCAUUCAGGUCAUGCAUUGCCUAUUACUGAUGUUCCUCUUGCGCAGGGGUAAAGAGUGCAACGCUGCAGCGGAUGUGAAAACUAUGUUUCUACUCCUUCACCGAAACCUCACAACAACGAUCCGCAGGAGGCGGACAGCAUGGAAGUGGCCGGUUGUGCGGCUGCUUCUAAGCGGUCUUGAUGAUCUUCGGGUAAGUAUUUUAGCCAGUGUUAGCACGCCUUACUUCACUCUUUGUUACGCGUGUUAUGCUUAUUCACAUUCCGUGCUCCGCUUCGACAGCUCUCUUUUCACUUUGCUAUUAGUCCUCUGGAACGGUUUCCCCUCAGUACAUUAAGGUGAGCUUAUGUGCUCCCAAAUGGACAGACGUCGAAUCUCACGAUUGUGGGGAACACUUCCCAGCAUAUCGU